AUGAAGUACAUAAUUUUGAUUGCUCUAUUAGGCUACUGCCUAGCCUUACGUCAACAAUCUGUGGCGAUCACCGGCAAGCUGUUGUGUGGAACUACGCCGGCUUCUGGAGUUACAGUGAAGCUCUGGGAAGAAGAUGAUGGGCAAAAUACGAUGGAAACAUCGUUUAAAUUGCUUCUUGUGAUUGCCGAACUCAAGAUCAGCAUUCAAUAUGCUGGCUGA